CGCACGCGCCCCUGACAGCGGCGUCGCCGUUCACAGCAGCUUGCCUAGUAACCAAGCGGAAGUGGAAGUUGUCCGAGCGGCCGUGCGGCGCGGCGCCUGUUCGCCGGUGGGGAAAAGUUACGCCUAUCUCAUAGAAGAAAGAAUGGGAGGCAGGAAACAGGAACACUGCAGUGCGAGAAGCGAUGUACAAGGAUUACAGAUCUGGCAGAGCUGCAGGACUAAACCCGUUACCUUUUGACCCUGCAACCAACAACGAGCCGCUGCAAUUUACUAACUCCAAUGGGCCUCUGGUGUCCGAGUGUCCUCUUGAGACCAGUCCUGACAACGGCAGCAAGAAAAGGAAGAGACCUAAUCUUCCUCCAGAGGGUCUGCGCAAUAUUGCAAUGGACUCGAGUUCGUUGGGAAUGCCAAUGUCUGAUCCAAACGCUUGGGCCACUGCCAUGAACAACCUUGGGAUGGCGCCUAUGGGCAUGACCGGACAGCCUCUUAUGUCAGAUUUUGACCCCAGCCUUGGCAUUAUGACGGGUAUUGCUCCGAUGAAUCCGAUGUUGCCCGGCUUAGGCAUCGUGCCCCCUCCUAUUUCUCAAGACCUGCCUAUCGUGAAGGAGAUCAUCCACUGCAAGAGCUGCACCUUGUUUCCGCCCAACCCCAACCUACCCCCUCCAGCCACACGUGAGAGACCCCCGGGGUGUAAGACGGUGUUUGUAGGGGGUCUACCUGAAAACGCCACCGAGCAGAUCAUAUCUGAAGUGUUUGAGCAGUGCGGCGGCAUCAUCGCCAUCCGCAAGAGCAAGAAGAACUUCUGCCACAUUCGCUUUGCCGAGGAGCACACGGUGGACAAGGCACUAUUUUUGUCUGGUUACCGGAUCCGCCUCGGCUCCAGCACGGAUAAGAAGGACACAGGCCGGCUGCAUGUGGACUACGCUCAGGCCAGAGACGACCUGUACGAGUGGGAGUGUCGGCAGCGCAUGCUGGCGAGAGAAGAAAGACACCGGCGCCGGAUAGAGGAAGAUCGUCUGCGCCCGCCGUCCCCGCCUCCCAUCGUUCACUACUCCGAGCACGAAUGCAGCCAGCUGGGAGACAAAAUCAAAGACGAUUCCAAGUUUCCCGAGGCAGUGCGAGUGUUGCUGACCUGGGUGGAGCGAGGCGAAGUGAACCGGCGCAACGCCAACAACUUCUACUCCAUGAUCCAGUCCUCUAACAGCCACAUCCGCAGGCUGAUGAACGAGAAAGCAACGCACGAGAAGGAGAUGGAGGAAGCGAAGGAGAAGUUUAAGAACGCCCUGGGUGCCAUCCUUGUACAAUUUGAGCAGAUUGUGUCUGUAUUCCACGCUGCUUCCAAACAAAAGGCAUGGGACCAUUUCUCCAAAGCACAACGCAAGAACCUGGACAUGUGGCGCAAGCAAGCAGAGGAAAUCAGGAACAUCCAUAACGAGGAGCUAAUGGGAAUCCGCCGGGAAGAGGAGAUGGAAAUGUCAGACGACGAUAUGGAGGACACCCUGGAAAGCAAAGACUCAGAUGACUCAGGGCCGCUGGCACAGGUGGAGGCCUUGAGGGAGGAGAACGACAGUCUGCGCUGUCAGCUGGAUGCCUACAGGAAUGAGGUGGAGCUGCUGAAGCAGGAACAGAGUAAAGCUCAUCCUCCUCACAGCGAGGAAGACACGACACGCCAACAACAACUCAGCUUCCUACAGCAAGCGCUGCAGGGCAUGCAAAAGCAACUGCUUAAGAUCCGUGAUGAGCUAAAACAGAAAGAGCUGGAGCUGGAAAAGAGCGAAGAGGACAAACAGCAACUGGAGAGUCAAAUCCAAAGCCUUAAAGACAGAAUUCAAGCCUUUCCUGCAUCACACACCCUGCCUUUGGAGAGGCCGGAGUGGGAGGACAGAAGCAGCGAUGAAAACACAACUCAUGCCAAUGAGUCAGCAGCGUCUUCGGUGGUGUCAUGCAGUCAAGAGAAAGAAAGCAUCCCAGACAAGGGUCCACCCAGUCCUGUGAAAUCCGAACGGGAAGCCCUGCUCGUGGGAAUAAUCUCAACGUUCCUCCACGUGCAUCCGUUCGGUGCCAGCAUCGAGUACAUCUGCUCCUACUUACAGCGUCUGGACACAAAGAUUAGCACGACGGAGGUUGAGAUGCUGCUGGGCCGACUGCCCUACACCUUUAAGCAGGAGCUAACAGGCGUGGGUGCCAGUCUGGAGAAGCGCUGGAAGUUCUGCGGAUUUGAAGGCAUCAAAACGGCAUAGAUUCUUGCCACGAGCGUUAAUCCCCAAAGACUGGCACAGCCAGGGCAACUUUUUUAUACAAAAAAAAAAACAAGGCCCACAGAGACAAGAAGUGAGUCCUUCAGAUAAUAUCGGCUUCCUGGUGUGAACCUUGGACAUUUUCCUUCAGUUUGGACAGGAAGUGUGGAUUCCUGGGCUCUGGCGUGUGUACGUUCUACAGUGUUUGAGCACAGACUUGUUUGUUUGAGUGUCAGUGUGUAUGUUAAUGUGUGUGUUUCUUGCUGCCGUACGGAAGGACUGGAGGGAGCCACCGCGAUAAAACAGCACAGACCUGCCGAGGGUUUAUCAGAACAGAAGCAGGCUGAACUCUGGACAAAAUCAUUUACAUCACCAUUCUUUUACUCUCUUUCUCCUCUUUCAUUUUUAUUUUAAUUUUUUUUGCAUUUUUUUUAAUUCAAAGAAAAAGCAAAUAUAUUUCUUUCUUUCCUUCUGUAUAGGUUGCUGACAGCAUUUUUUUCCCACAUAUUAUGUAAAUGUUUGAAUAACUUACUAUUUUUAAAUAAAAAAGAACAACACACAACGACACAGAGAAUCCUCCGAGCUGUUAAUGCAGAUGAGGAGCGUUUUCCACUUUCUCGCUUCAGGAGUGAAAAAAGGCUGUAUGUCUUAUUUCCUUUUAUUUGCCCUGCUCUAUUUUCCUUGGCAUAUUGGGGCAAUUGUGAUCAUUUUCUCUUCUCUAGCUCAUGCCAACUCGCAGGCUGCAGAAGGUGUUAUGUAUGUUUUAAUAAGCAGGCUUCUAUAAAGGCCAACUAACGAUUC